GAUCUUAACCCGCAUCUCUACCAUGCUAUACACAUCUACUGGCUUAAAUUUUAUGGAAUGUGGUAUAACAAGUACUCGCCAAAUUGUUUGUAUUUCUGGUUGCAGAUAAUUUAUACCGUAAUUGUACUGUGGCUUGUUUGUUUUCUGCCUGCGAUUGGAGAAAUCGAAUAUUUACUGAAACGGCAGGAUAAUGUUGGAGAAAUCGCUGAAGGCGAAAUGUACACAUAUUUCAAAGUGGCGGUGUUUUGGUUGAAUAAGAGGAAAAUUUUGAGACUGCUUAAAUAUUUGCAUUGCAAGGAGUUCAAGCCAGACGAGCAGGAGCAUAGGGAAAUCUUGAGAGAUAGUAUUAAAACCUCACGGUUUGUCAUGACCUCAUACUCCACUAUGUGCGUUGGGGCCGUUUCAGUGGCGAUGAUAAUGCCCCUAGCAGAAAACUUUGAAAUAUUACCGACUAACGUUGAGUACACAUACAUAAAUGUAAAUAAAGCUCCAGCCUAUCCAAUCAUAUACCUUCAUCAUGUAUACUACAAACCAGCUACGUGCAUUAUAGAUGGCGCUAUGGAUACUAUGUUAGCUGCAUUCGUUGUUUGUGCAAUCGGACAGAUAAAAAUACUCUCGUUCAAUCUGCGGAACUUUGGAGAAAUAGCAAUGAGAAGACGUAAAAAAGCAAUAGCUGAGGGACAAUUUGUCGGAAACCAUGACUUCUACCUCAAACUCGUGGUCAAGAAAUGUAUUCUACGUUAUAACGCUAUAAUUAGAUAUGUAUCCAUGAUAGAAAGUGCGUUCAGCUUGGCUUCGGCAUUACAAUUUAUGCUGAGUGUUAUGGUUCUCUGCUUGGUUGGAGUCCGAUUUCUCUCGAUCGAGAAUCCAAGAUGUCAUCCCAUACAAAUCGUUUGGAUGGCAAUCUACCUGGCUUGUAUGUUGAUAGAGGUGUUCAUAUUGUGCUGGUUCGGGAACGAGCUCAUUCUGAAGAGUUUGGAGCUCAGUAUGGCGGCGUACGAAGGACCCUGGUUGAAAUUAGACCCUAAAACCACAAUGCUCAUUAUCGUAUUCAUGGAACGAUGCAAGCGCCCUCUGCGAGUUACUGCGGGGAAGAUUUUCACGCUAUCCCUCGACACCUAUACGAACCUAAUAAAUUGGUCCUACAAAGCGUUUGCUGUUAUAAGGAAUAUGAAAAAAUAG